GACGUAUUCGGUUGCCAUUAAUGCAUAUAAGCUGUCAUUCUUUACCCCUUUACUUACAUGGUUGAGCGUUGUACCUGCCUACAAUUGUAAGCACAAUAUGAAGGUACAUACAGUACAUAACUCAUAACUCAUAACUUCAAUCUUCUCUUACUCUUUACAACUUUCACCAUAUUCAUCUUAUACGCUGCAACAACAUCAUGCCACCAACACUACGCAGCCACUCUGGGGAAGUGGUUAAAUUUCCCAUCAUUUGCACAGCUAAUAUUGAUCCCAAAGUGUUGAACGAUGUGCUCACCGAGCGCUUCGUGCUUGUGGGCAAGAGGGACAUGUCAGAGCUACUGACCAGCGAUGACAAGCCCAUCAACUCAUUUGAGACUCCUUUCAAUCUCAAGGUCCCCGAGAUUCUGCAGGCCGUGUCGGAGUUCAUGGACGCAGCAAAGACCAAGAAAGGUAUCAGCAAAAACACCUUCGUAGUCUUGGAUAGCACCACCGCCAAAGACAAGACCACUUGCCAAGUUGCGAUAGACAGCCGCCACGAAGAGGAGCUUUAUUGGGACUAUGUGCCAUUCCGUUGCGAGCUGUCGUCGCUUAUCCCCGCUCUAGAAGCGCUCGAGCAUGGGGACGGAACCGCAACUGCGCGAAAGCUCCGGAACGAAGCUGCUAUGGUCGGCGGCGUGUGGAAGCAGCAGCAAGUGGAUGCGGUGAGAAAUAAACAGUCACGCCUUGCCGCGGCAGACUUCCCUAAAAGUGAGGCCUGGGAUGAGUACUGCGGUGCAGAAUCCUCUGAGUCGGCUCUGCCCUAUGUUCCAGUUUUCCGAACUGCGGAUAUCAGUCUCGAGACGCUUAAUGACUUCCUAGAGCAGACCUACGAUCAAGAUUGGGGCGACGAAGAGAUAGCCGACCCCCGAGUAGCCUUCGUCACGUCCCUAUCACCCCCCUACCACAACGGCCCAGCAUCCGCCCCCCUGGGAACAAAGCCUCCAGUUCCAGAAAUAUUCUCAGGGCUCCCUGCCGAGGACUGCGAUACCAUCACAUGCAGCUGCUUCCCCGCAGAGGAUCCCGAACUGAACUACAACCGCUUCAUCGUCCUGGAUGAGUACACCGAGACAGAAAAAACGGUCAUUAUCGCUUCGAAUGCGGAGUUGGACGGCAUCUUGCAGCUGGCACGGUGCGACUUCAAGGGAGCGCUGAUCCAAUUACUCGCACCUCAGGAGACCGGCUUGACCAUCGAUCAGUUGGCGUGCGAAGCAGUGCUUGACGGCGCGGGAAUCAUACGCGCGCCCUAAGGUUCACCCUAGAAGGUUACUCUUAAUCAAUGCCUACCUAGGUAAAUAGCGGACUGGAAUGCGGUAUGGAAUGGUGCCGUUAUAAUGGCUUCCAAGUACAACUGACGUUUGCCUUAUCCACUGUGUAUCAUAACCAAGAAAUUCCGUAACCUGUGCCGCAGAGCUACCAAUACCAAGAAUAUAACAAUACGAGGUAGUGGAAUUAGGCUCGCCGGUUGCUUAGUCUCCGGUUCCUACUAUUUAUAGUCCGAGGGAUUGGCUUAAUACGCUUGUUGCAGAUCACGUCUUAAUUGAAAUUAACGACCA